AUGGCUCUAUGGAAGCUUCUGAACCUGGUGCUUUUGAUCGGCCUCUUUGCUGCGCAGAGCGGAGUGGCUCAGAUUCUGUAUGCGGGCGUCAAUUCUGCUGGCGGUGAAUUCGGCCAGCACAAUCUCCCUGGCACCUUCGGAAUCGACUACAGGUUCAUCAAUGAGACCACCAUUGACAUCUUCCUCAAUGAAGGCAUAAACGUAGUAAGGUUGCCUUUCUUAUUGGAACGCAUAUGCCCUCUCUCAACCGGCCUCGGCAGCACCUUCAACGAGACAUACUUCGCCGAGCUUCAGAAGGCCGUCAUUCACAUCACCAAGUCGGGCGCCUAUGCGAUACUAGAUGCCCACAACUACAUGCGCUACAAUGACCCUUCGAAUCAACCUUGGUCCGGCAGCGUAAUCGGCAGCGUAAUCGGCAGCGCCGACCCAUCUGCCGCCACAACCCAGCAACUUGCGCACUUCUGGUACGCCCUCUCCGAACGGUUCGUCUCCAAUCCAAAUGUCAUCUUCGGCCUCAUGAACGAACCGCACGAGAUGCCGACCUCCCUCGUCCUUGCCAACAACCAGGCCUCAAUCAACGCCAUCCGUGCCGCAGGAGCCAAGCAACUGAUCCUGGUGCCCGGGAACGGUUUCGCUGGUGCACACAGAUGGAUGGAGUAUACCUGUUGGGACGCAGCCAAGCAGUGCACGGCGAACUCAGAGGUGAUGACGCAGAUAUACGAACCGGGCAACAACUUCGCAUUCGACAUGCACGUGUACUUUGACAAGGACACUGGAGGCAUGGAAGCAGAAUGCACGACCGCUUCACCGGGAAACCUAUACGCCGUCACGAAUUGGCUGAAGGAGAAAAACUACACGGCCUUCCUUUCCGAAUUCGGCGCCGCAGCCAACGAAGGGUGUUGGGCGACGCUCAACUCGACGCUGACCUUCAUGGAGCAAAACAGCGCGCAGUGGAUCGGCUGGACGUAUUGGGCUGCUGGUCCGCUGUGGGGCGACUACUUCCUGAGUAUCGAGCCCGGCAGGGGGGUCGGGAGUACGACUACGUGGCCGCUGGUGCUCGCGCCGCAUGUGAAGAGUUAUCAGCCGAUGAUGAGGUUUUCGAUGAGUGUGGCGAGAAGGAGCAGUUAGAAGGCGUCAAAGCAGGAUGUACAGGGGUGUCUUGCGCUGAGGAUGGGGUAAGGGGUAUAUAUGUGUCGGGGAAGGAUGUUUAUGGGCGGGUCGAUCGGGAUAGAGUGAGUGAGCUUUUGCUUCCGUCAGACUCAGAUCAGUG